AUGGCAUCAAACUCAAACAAAAUCAAUGGAAGACUAGUCUUGAAGACUCCAUCAUCUUCUUCUUCUUCUCCAAAACAACCACCAACACCAUCACAGUCUCCUCCUCCUGGUGUUACCAUGAAACUCCCACAAGUUAAUGAUCAUAGGUCAUCGUUUCUGUCUCCUGAACUCAAAAUUUUCUAUGAUCAAGUUUUCACAGCACUACCACAGACACCUCAUUUUAACCCGCUUGAGAAUUUCAGGAGCAUGAACAUCAAAGAAGGAAUCAAAGUAGGCUGUGACAUUGCUUUCUUGAACCUGGUCAUGAAAUUUCACAACUUGGUUGAUCCAAGUAGUUUUCUUAGUGAUGAACAGAAAUUUACAGAAGAAUUCAACGAGUUUGAAAAACUGGGUUACGAGUUAAGUAAAAUAAGAGAAAGAUUCAAUCUACUGAAGAGAAGAGCUGAGCAGGAAAAGGCUCUAAAAGAUGAAGCUGAAAAAUUAGAAAAAGAAAAGAAAGAGAGAGAAGAGAAAGUUGAAGAAAAGGAAUUUCUUUUGUUGGAGUUAGCAGCAGAGACUGCUAAAGUUGGAAAUGAAGUAAAAAUGGAGAGAUCAGAAAUUGAGAGUAUUGAUUUCAAGAGGAGGAAGAUUAUGGAAACUUCAAACAUGAAUGAAAAUGAGUUUAGAAAAUUAGCUAAAUUUCCAUGGUAG